AUGGUUAAGAAUCUUAGAGGCGGGUGGACGGAAGUCGGAGGAAGGAGGAAGAACGGGGUGAAGCCUGGAAGCUGGAAGAAGAACGGGGGUAGCUGGAAGAAGACUGGAGAGGCGAGAGGAGACGAAGGUGACCGGAAAACAUCAACUUUCUUCGUGACAGAGUUUGCGGAUUGUUGGGAAGCAAGGGAUCUGUAUCACGAGUUUAAGGAUUUAGGAGACAUCGACGAGGUAUAUAUUCCGAAUAAGCGAACAUUAAGGGGAAAGAGGUAUGGCUUCGUGAGGUUUUUCAAUGUUGCGGACGAGAAAAUGUUGGAAACGAAGUUGGAUAACCUGUUCCUUGAUGGGAAGAAGAUAUUUGCAAACAUUCCCAAGUUUGGGAGAGGGUCUUUAGCUCGAAGGGGGGGUGUGAGUAGGCGUCAAGGGGAUGCUGAAGGAGGUCUCCCCGUAAUACUUUGUGACAGAAGUAAAUUUAAUGGGAAGGCAGGCAGUGAGAGGUUCAAUGCAGGAGCAACAUACGCAGAGGUAACUAAGGGUGAAGCGUCUACUAAAUGUUUGGAUUUCAAGGUGGACCGGAAUCAAGUUCAGAGGCUGGAGAGAUGUUAUGUGGGUGUUGUCAGAACCCCAGGGUCGACAUAUACCAUGCAAGAUCCGUUCUAUAAUGAAGGAUAUUUCACCAUCAAAGUGAUACCCUUAGGAGCUAAUAUGUGUAUAUUGGAGGAUGUGGAGGAAGGUGCCUUAGAGGCUAUGGUGGUAGAAGAAUCAGCGUGGUUGGAUGUGUGGUUCAAGGAGGUUAGGAAGUGGAAACCAGAUGACAUUGAUGGAGAAAGAAUAACGUGGCUUAAAGUGUUUGGAGUUCCAAGUGUAGCAUGGAAUAAAGAGUUCUUUGGGUUUAUCUCUGAUCAGGUGGGCUAUCUCAUACAUGAGGACGUUUCAACAGCAUCUGCAUUGCGGAUGGACGUAGCAAGAUUGAAGAUAAGGACUGACCGUCCUACGUUGAUUCAAGAAGGGUUAAAGGUUCAGAUUAAGGGAAAAGUUUUUCUGUUACUUCUGGUGGAGGAAACCUUUAGUGUUGGAGACCACACUUCCAGGAAAUCUAUUUCAGAGUUUGAAAUCCCUGAUGAAUCCUCAGUAGAAGGAUCUGAAGGUGGAAUAGAGGAUAAAGAAGACGAGGGCUGCGAUGAAUAUGUGCCUGAAACGAACGAAGGGGCGGAAACCAACGGUUUUCCGGCAAAAGGACUGGAGACGGAGGAGCAGAUACGCGGUGAGUGUCUCGAGGAAGUGAACUGUCAAGAAAAGCCUGAGAUUGCCGUCGAUAAGGCAAAAGGUGUGAUGGUGACCUCUCAAAGGAUAUCCUUGGACUCUGGUGGAGUAGGGAAAGGAAAGGAGGUAAAGGUGGCAGCGUUAAUGAAGGGUGUCAGUACUAGGUAUCAUGAAGAAUCAAACGUGGGAAAAUUUCUGAAGGAUUCCUUAGUGAACAUGGGUCUGGUGUGUGUGGGUGAAGAAGGAGUUAUGCAAAAUCAUAUAGAAGACAUGGAGGCUAGAGAUAAACAAGGGUUUGAGAAGACGAAGGCGCAAUUGAGUAGUUUGUGA